AUGACUGAUGCCUCAGCGGAAGCUCUUGCAGCACUGCAGGAGUUAGAACAGGAAGGGAAUCUGAAACAGCGACUCGCGAUUGUUCGCAUUAGCGAGCCAAUUUCGUUGGAUGGCGGGCAUGCCGGCCCAUCGCCUUCAAAGCGGAGAUCGGAUGUUUCUGUGUUUGAAGAUCCAACUCCUGCCUCACUAGAGGCUGAUCUUACACAUUAUAAGGAACUAUUCUCGAAGCUGCGGUUCUCUUACCUCGAACAGGUAACCAAAGAAAAGUUCUUGCGCGCUAUCGUAGGCGAUCCGCCGGUGAUUGUUGGACACAAUGAGAACAUGGAAUUGGAAACACAACUGGCGGAUGUGAAGGCCGAACUAAAGGCCCGGAAAGAAGAUGCGCGCAUAAUGAUCGAGGAAAUGGAAGAAAUGGGUCGCGACUUGGCAACCCGUUAUAAGAAUGUGGAACUUCAAAUGACACAGCUCGAGACAUUACCCGCUUCGAUCGAGAAUCUUGAAUCCACCAUCGCAAGUCUCCGCGCAAAGCAGGUCGCGAACAUGGACCCCUCCGAUUCCAGCGCCUCUUCGUCUCGAAACCUUCCGCUUCCUGCUACAUUGUCAUUGUUGGCUGAACGGGAGGCAGAGCUGGCGUCACUGAACCGCCAACUCGCUGCUGUGCAAAAUACUCUGCCGCGAAAGACUCGAGAGGCCGAGGCCAUUGAGAGAGAGAGCAGUGUUCUAGAACGACGGAAGGAGGAAGCUAUAAUGCAAGCCCGUGAGGCACAACGGAAGAAGCAACAGGGUGAAAGUGAUGGGCUAGAAGAAAUGGGACGGUGGUACAGAGGAGCGGAGGAAACAUUGAAGGAACUAGUUGGGACCGAGGCAUAG